AUGCAAAACGCCGUAUUCGCCAAGUUUCUUCUGCAGCUGUGCUUCGCGCUUCUGGCCGUCGCCGCUCCCGCAUCCGAUCCUACUGUCGGCGCCGCAGCUCACGGCAACACCUGGCAGUAUGGCACUGGUGGCGGCAUCCUUGGUUUCAUAGUCCUCGUGUUGGAUAUCAUCGUGUUCCUUGAGGUUCUCAAGUCUGAUCGACCUGUCAGCCAUAAGGUUCUCUGGUGCCUAGUCGUCUUUCUUUUCCCGAUUGUCGGCAUGGUUAUCUACUGGCUUUUCUCGAACCGCGCCGCCCACAACUCUCGCUCUGGAUACGAGGCCGUCGCAUAA